AACGGCGGGCCACGUGAUCAAAUUUAUAGCGAUUUUUUAAAAUCGGCUUUUGUAUAAAAGGGCCGUCGCCCGGUACAUCCAGCAUAAGCUUAUCUACUUUCGAGAAGUAAACGAGCUACUCACUCCCAACCCAAUCAACAUGUUCAAGUUGGCUGUUCUCGCCGCCAUCCUGGCCGUCGCCACCGCAGCUCCCGGCGGUCUGACCGGUAUUAUCGCCGACCAUGCAGUUGGGCCGAUCACCGCUCCCUUGGUACUGAGCCACGCUGCGCCUCUGGCCGCCGCCCACGUGAUCGCCCAGCCCGUGGCACCCGUCAUCCGCACCGCGCCCAUCGUGACCAAAUCCGUGCUGACCGCCGCCCCCCUGCCCCUGCUCGCCGCCGGCCAUGGCCCGUUGCAUUAGGAACACGCGCGCUUCGUUACCACCACAAACCACCAAGUCACGACGAGACAGCCCUCCCCCCCUCCCAUCUCAACCCACCUCCCUGGAAGACACACGAGUAGAUGAUGAGAUACACGCGUCGGAGCGUGUGGCAGGCUCCUCCUCUCCACACUCCUCAAAAAAAGAAAAAAAACCUCUCCAAAAAGAAACCUAAUCUAAUUCCUCGUGAAUCAUCCCUCCUCCCAAAAAAAAAGUGUGUACGCAUAUACGUGUGUACGGAGAAGAAGAAGAAAAGAAGAAAAGAAGAAAAGGAAGGAUGAUAGAAAUUGGAAAGGAAGAAAUGGCGAAGAAUGGAUCGGUCGAGCCGUGGAUGGAACUCGAGCUCUAGGGGGAUGAACGAGGAAAGGACGAAGAACGGAACGGUGGUUUUGCAUUCCUCGCAGAAAUAUCCGAGGAAGAAACUCGGUCCGGUUCUUCCUUUUUCUCGCGCGUCCCCCGGCUGGAGGAUCGAAAAUCGAAUCGGCUGUCGGCUGCUCCUCCUCUUCCCCUUCCGAACGCGGCGGCAUCUUCUCGGCAUCGUCAUUGGUCCGAUCUUUUGAAAAUUUCCGCAAUUCUCGAUUCGGUUAUUACGCAUCGAUCAUCCAGGC